AUGAUGCUACCUUGGAUUUUCACUUUCUGCCUCCUGCAGACCCCUGUCUGUCUGUGCCUGUUCAGUGACUCUCAGUGCAUAAGGAGCAUGCAACAUGGUCUAUACCAUGACGGAAACGUGCUGAUUGCUGGGUUUGUUCCACUUUAUAGUUAUCACUCCAACCCGAGAGGAAACUUUGAAGCAAAUUCGGGCAGGCAGAUUCACCGCACAGCAGUGGAGCUUGCAAUGGCUCUGGUAGCUGCUGAGGCAGUGCAAUGUAGAAUUAAUCAGGCACGAGAGUCCCUGGUUCUGUGUGGCUUGGCGGUCGGCAGGGGGGGGGGGUGCCGGAGGCUGGGACUUGCGGUGGUCUGCAACUGCGAGUUGCAGCCGUUCCAAACGCUGGGCAGCGGCGGGAGCGCGGAGCGAUCGUGGGGGGGGCGGGGGGGGGGCAGCUCCGGGCGCGGAACGGUGGCCGGGGGCGCUCAGGGGCCCCGAGGAACAAUGGCGCUGGGCCCGCGGGGCGCGCUGCUGCUGCCGCAGCUGCUGCUGGGCACGCUGCAGGUGCCGGCGGCGGGGGACGCCCAAUGGUCAUGCGCAGGGGCUGACUGUGUCCGCGCAGGGUUGCUUCGGUGUCCACGAACGGGCGAACAGCACGCGGCAGCUGUGGGCAGCAAGCGUGGGGGCGCUGGACGAUUUCUGGAAAAUAACUAUUUGUUUGUUUUGGCCUUGUUAUUUGCCACUGAGGAGAUCAACAGGAACCCACAUCUUUUACCCAACAUAUCUCUAGGAUUUGAUCUCUAUAAUGCUCUAAACAAUGAAUGGAAUGUCCUGCAGGAUGCUUUUAUUUGGCUCACAGGACAGAGAAGAAUCAUUCCUAAUUACACUUGUAGAAGGGAAAGUAAGGUAGCUGCUGUGCUUACAGGAACAUCAUCAGCAACAUCCUCACAUAUUGGGAGACUGCUGGAUCUCUACAAAUUCCCACAGCUUACAUUUGGAUCAUUUGAUGCCAUCCUGAGUGAUCGAGGCCAGUUUUCUUCUCUCUAUCAAAUAGCAUCCCCAGACACAUCUCUUCCAUUUGGCAUUGCUCUGAUGAUGGCUCAUUUUAACUGGACCUGGGUUGGGUUGGUCCUCACAGAUGACCACAAGGCAUCUCAGAUUCUAUCUGAUUUGAGAGGAGAAAUGGACAGAAAUAAAGUGUGCAUAGCUUUUGCAAAAAUGAUUCCAGACACUCAGUUUCUCACUCUCAACUCUCUCAUGAAAACUCGUGUGCAGAUUCUGGAAUCAUUGACAAAUGUGAUUAUCAUUUAUGGUGACUAUGAUUCCCUAAAAUUUUUAAUAUUUACCUUAUCACAUACUUUACUGACAAUGAAAGUCUGGGUCUUGAAAUCACGACUACAUGCUCCUUCCUAUUCUCAUUCACAUGAGUUCUUGGUUGACUCAUUCCAUGCAGGUCUCAUUUUUUCACACCAUCAUGCAAAAAUUCCUGGUUUUAAACAUUUCAUGCAGACAGUUAAUCCUUUCAAAUACCCAGAAGACAAUUUCCUUGCUAUUUUGUGGCAUCAAAACUUCAAUUGUUCUUUUUCUCAACAUGAUUGUAAAAUUGUGGGUAUCUGUCUACCCAAUGCUUCCUUGGAACAGUUGCCUAAGAAAAAUUGGGAAAUGGGCAUGACUGAAGAGAGUUAUAAUAUAUAUAAUUCUGUGUAUGCUGUGGCUCACAGUCUUCAUGAGAUGAUGUUUAGUCAAGUACAAAUUCAAUCUCCCAGGAAUGUGGAAGGAAAUGUCUACCCCUGGCAGCUUCAUCCCUUUCUAAAGAAUACUCAUAUCAAAAAUUGUGCUGGAGACAAUGUGGUUUUGGAUUUGAAACGGAAAGUAGAUGCAGAGUAUGAUAUUCUCAACUUCUGGAGUUCUCCAAGAGGUAUAGGACUAACUGUGCAAGUUGGAAGAUUUUCUCCAAAGUCGCUACAGGGCCAACAACUGAUUUUGUCUCAGCAUAUGAUAAAAUGGCCAACAGGACUUACAGAGAUUCCCCGCUCUGUGUGCAGUGAGAGCUGUGGUCCUGGAUUCAGAAAAUCCCCCCAGGAAGGGAAGCCUAACUGUUGCUUUGACUGUACAACUUGUCCAGCCAAUGAAAUCUCCAAUGAGACAGAUAUGGAUCAUUGUGUGAGAUGUCCAGAAAGUCAUUAUGCAAACACAGAGCAGAACCACUGCCUUCAGAAAACAGUGACCUUUCUGGCCUAUGAAGACCCUUUGGGAAUGACACUUACCUCCUUGGCCCUGGGCUUCUCUGUACUUACAGCCAGUGUUCUUGGUGUCUUUGUGAAGUACCACCACACUCCCAUUGUCAAGGCCAACAAUCGGCGUCUCACUUACAUCUUGCUCAUCACUCUGACCUUCUGCUUUCUCUGUCCCUUGCUUUUCAUUGGCCAUCCCAACACAGUCACCUGUAUCCUGCAGCAGAGCACAUUUGCAGUUCUGUUCACAGUGGCUCUCUCCACAGUCUUGGCCAAAACUCUUACUGUGGUUCUGGCCUUCAAGGUCACUGUUCCAGGGAGAAUUGUGAGGUGGAUAAUGACAUCAAGGGCCCCUAACUUUAUCAUUCCCAUUUGUACCAUCAUCCAAAUUGUGCUCUGUGGAUUUUGGCUGAGCACCUCUCCUCCCUUUAUUGAUUCUGAUUCUCACUCUGAACAUGGGCACAUCAUCAUUGUGUGCAAUAAGGGCUCAGUUGUUGCCUUCCACUGUGUCCUGGGAUACCUCUGCUGCUUGGCACUUGGGAGCUACAUUAUGGUUUAUCUGUCCAGGAACCUACCUGACACAUUCAAUGAAGCCAAGUUUCUGUCAUUCAGCAUGUUGGUGUUUUUCACUGUCUGGAUAACCUUCCUCCCUGUCUACCACAGCACCCAGGGAAAUUUCAUGGUGGCCAUGGAAGUCUUCUCUAUCUUGGUUUCCAGUGCAGGGUUUCUUGGCUGCAUUUUUGUCCCCAAGUGCUAUAUUAUUUUGUCAAGACCAGAUAGGAACUUUCUUCAUCACAUCAGGAACAAAGGACAUUCUAAGAGAAAUGUUCUUCAAACUUAG